CUAAAGUACCAUACUACUUAGUCACCAAGUCUUCCGUGUCUUUAUAUAUAACGACACCAGACAGGGGAGUCUACUGGGGAGUGGCAUAUCAUUUACAGAUCAUUUCUACCCCUUUUAGUUUCAUUUCAUAAAAGCCGCCGUUGUACCCACCGUAAAUAUAAUUCUCCGGCAGAGAGAAACGAUGGUGCCGAUGGGAAUGGGAAUGGAGGCGGUGUGGGGGACGCUGGGCUCGACGGUGGUGACCCUCAUGCUGGUUUGGGCCACUUUCUCCCAGUACUGCCCCUACGAAGUCCGUACUUUCUUGAAGACACCCACCAAGAAAUUUAGAAGGCUGUUCUACCCCUACAUCCACAUCUCCUUCCACGAACUCUCCGGCGACGAUUUCAGGGGAGGCACCUCCGGAAACAUGUACAAGACCAUCGAGCGCUACCUCGCCGCCAAUUCCUCCGAUCAGGCUAAGCGUCUCAAGGCGGAGGACAUCAAGGAUUCCCAGGCUCUGGUUCUCAGCAUGGACUAUUUCGAGGAGGUCACCGACGAUUUUCAUGGGAUCAAACUCUGGUGGGUCUCCGGCAUGAACCCCCCCACCAGCCAAACCAUCUCUUUCCGCGGCGGAGAAGAAGUCAAGAAGUUCUUCACCCUCAAAUUCCACAAGAAGCACCGCGACAUCGUCACCGGAGCUUACCUGAAACACGUGUUGGAGCAGGGGAAGGAGAUCACGGUGAAGGACCGGCAGAGGAAGCUGUACACCAACAUCAGGAACGACGGAACAUAUUUCAGCCCUUACUCGCGAAUGUGGACCCAAGUCGCCUUCGAACAUCCGGCGACUUUUGAAACCAUCGGAAUGGACCCGAAAAAGAAGCAAGAAAUCAUAGACGACCUUAUCACCUUCAGCAAAUCAAAAGAGUAUUACGCCAAGAUCGGGAAGGCGUGGAAGCGGGGGUAUCUCCUCUACGGCCCUCCGGGCACCGGAAAGUCCUCCAUGGUAGCGGCAAUGGCUAAUUUUCUUGAAUACGACGUGUACGACCUGGAAUUGACCGCCGUGAUGGACAACACUACCCUGAGAAAGCUCCUAAUCAACACUUCCAGUAAGUCCAUUAUCGUCAUCGAGGACAUUGACUGCUCUCUGGAACUCACCGGUCAGAGGAAAGGUAAACCAGAGGAAACAGAGGUAGACGACCCGUUGAAGAUCGGGAAAGAGAAGAAACCUGAAGAGAAGAAGAGUGCAGUGACGCUCUCCGGUAUUCUUAACUUCAUCGACGGCCUCUGGUCCGCCAUUGGAGGAGAGAGGAUCAUCGUCUUCACCACCAAUUUCAAGGAAAAGCUCGACCCGGCUUUAAUCCGGAGAGGGAGAAUGGAUAAGCACAUCGAGCUCUCCUAUUGCGGAUUCGAAGCGUUUAAAGUGCUUGCUAACAACUACUUGGGGCUUGAAACGCACGAGCUUUUCCAGACGAUCGAACGGUUGUUGACGGAGACGGAAAUUACGCCGGCGGAUGUUGCGGAGAGCUUGAUGCCGAAAUCAGGUGAGGCGAACGAGACUAGUUGUCUGGAAACACUGGUUGAGGCUCUGGAGAAGGCUAAGGAAGACGAAAAGAAGAAGAUGGAGGAGAAAGCUAAAGAAGAUGCUAAAUUGAAAGCAGAGGAAGAAGAAUAAAUGAAGUUGGAGAAGGAGAAAGCAUAAGAAUGAAGUUGGAGAAGUUUAAGGAGAAAACUGUAAGCCUUAAUUGAUGAGUAAGGAGAUUCGCAUUCCUGUGGAAUUCACAUAUCAUAAUUAUAUUUCGGUUUAUUAGUUAUCACAAAACAUUUAAAGAUAUUACUGAUAAAUUAAACUUUCCAAACUUUGAAUGCACUGUUUUAUCUUGAGAAGAUUAUCUGAUUAUCUCAUGUUGGAGUUUCUUUGCCAUCCAGUGUG